AUGGCUCUGGUAGACUCAGCAGAUGCGCGGGGGGAAGUCGCGCUGACGUGGGCUGCUGACAAGGGUUACGCAAAUGUGGCUCGGAUUCUUUUGGAGAGCGCGGCGAACCCAAACCGCAGCGGCGAGGCUGGCUAUGCGGCAAUCCACCUCUCCUGCAGCAGAGGCCACCAGGAAAUGCUCGAAGUAUUGCUCAACUCAAGAGCAAAAGCGGAUGCAGUGGACAGGCAAGGCAGAACUGCGCUUCAUCGAGCGAGUCGCCAGGGGCAUGCGAAGAUGGUGGAGGUACUGUUAGCUGCCGGAGCUGACAUGGACAUUCUUGACAACCGUGGGAUGACUGCGCUUCAUCUCGCUGCAUACGAUGCGUGUGUGGACGUGGUGCGCCUGUUGGUGCACUCAAAGGCUGACCAGGGCUACAUUGACAUGCAUGACAGGAUCGCACUGGACUAUGCGAGGUGUCCCGUAGUGCAGAGUCUUCUCGCAGAAUUCGGGCCGUCGUGA